GCCAGCAACCUUCCCGGCCCCAUGGAGACCGAAACCGUUUAGAUUCAUUGGAAAAAAAUCUAACAGGAGAGAAGCCAAAGGUGCAACAGCCUGCACAACAGGGCCAGCAACCUUCCCGGCCCCUUGGAGACCGCAACCGUUUAGAUUCAUUGGAAGAAAAUCUUACUGGAGAGAAGCCAGAGGUGCAACAGUCUGCACAACAGAAGGAUCAGAGUUGUAAUAAAUCCACAGACAAAGAAAACUAUUCAGAUUCUGGAAAUGAAAGCAGUGUAAAGACACCACAAUCUACAGAAAAGGGUCAGCAGUCUGAUACUGUCAAAAAGAAGAGUAAUCCAUACUGGCUACAGGACCUUGGAGAGAGGGAAAAGAAUAAAAGAUCCAAUGAAAAGCUGCAUAAUCCCUCUACAUCGGGGAAGAGAAAACGUUCAGCUGCCUCCAAACAAAUCCCUGUGGAAGAGAAAAGGCAAAAAAAAUUCACAGAAAAGAAAGAAAAGAUGGAGUCUGGCAGCGCUCAGAAGCAGAUAGUAGCUACAGAACAAUUCACCCUGAGCUUUAAAUGGGGUGGUAAAACUGGCAGUAAAUAUAUGGAAAUCAGGGCAGAGCCGUAUGAAAGCAUUUUUGAUGCCCUAAAGAAAUCAAAUCACUUUACAAACCAUUAUAAAAAUUCAUCGUAUCUGAUUGUUUUUGGUAAUAAUUGUAAUGCAGAAAUUAAUCCGUCAGCGCCGUGUGGUCCUCUGGGGAAAGAUGAAACUCUUGAUUUAAAACAAAUCUAUAUAAAGAAAAAAGAUAAAAAGCCACCAGAGACGUCGGCUUACCCAAAAAGAAGUGGUGGGUUGUUUUUUAAAGUAAACAAAAAAGGAAAGACUCCAUUGGGAGGUGCAAAAAUAAUUUUGCAUUACAACAAACUCGAUCUUGAUGACAACGCAGCACUGGCAGUCUUUGGAUAUGAAGAUGAAACCAUUGAACAUGCUCUGAAACAUGAUAAGAGAUUUAAGAACUUCACUGUGCUCCGUCUUGAGGGGACGAAGACAAAAGUACAUGAGCCUUCACUGACAUUAUCUGUCCUAGAAGAUGAUACAUACACCAUAUGUGUAGCAGGUAACAAUAAGGAUGUAGGCAAGCAUAAAAAUGUAGGAUCACAUGAUGAUGGUUCGGAGUCCAAUCCUAUUGUUCCCACUAACCCACCCAGUGAUGACCCAGGGGAUUUCAUGUCUACAGAGGCUUAUAUAAAAAUGGCAGAGAGAGUUAAAAAUAUUGUUAAUGUGUAUGUCCAGAACAAUGGCCCUGGAAAUGCAUGGCGUCUCAUCAAGGAGGAUUACAGUCAAAAUACAGAAAAAGCUGUCCUAUAUGCGAGUACCAUGAGAAUCCUUACAAGGCCCCUUGAUAGUGUGGCAAUGAUAUUGAUUACAGAAGGUGGUAACAUGCGUCAAGGAACCUGUAUGGCCCUGAUUGAUAAUCUGUUCCUCACCUGUUGCCAUGUAGUAGAAAGUCUUCUGACUAAAACUGGUGAUUGCAAAGCUCGUAUAAUAUUCGUCUAUGAAAGUCCAGAUAAACAAGUAGAUGUGGGUAAUUCAAAAUAUGAAUUCUCUAUUAAAAUUCUAGCACAUUCUGUGGAAAACGAUUAUGCAUUAUUUAGUGUUGCAGAGUUUUCUCCUGUAGAAGGCUUGUUACAGUAUUUAGCUCUUCCCCCAGAACGUGGCACAGCUGCCAUCAUCGGCCAUCCAGGAGGUCAGUGCAAACAAAUUGAUUUGUGUUCAGUGAUCAACUUCCAUGACCGUACUGAGGCUAUUCAGAAAACAAUUGUCAAGGAGUCUUCAGAUUUCCAUUUAAUGAGAUUGCCUAAAUGGUCUGAAAUGGAGGAUCGAAGGUUGGUGACUUAUAAUACACGUCUUUAUGAAGGGGCUUCCGGGGCUCCAGUAUUUGAUGAAUGUGGAAACCUUGUGGCAAUGCACUCAGCUGGGUUUUCAGUUCCUUCUCCACUGAGAAAAUUACGUGUGAUAGAGUGUGGAAGGUCCAUUGUUGACAUAGUUAUUUAUGGAGCUGUAGCGAUUCCAGUCUUGCGUCAAGCAUUUAAGGAAAUUGUUACAAAUAAACCAUCAUUAAAGGAUUAUAUCUACAAAGUUACGCAUCCAGUACACAUGCAGCCCAUUAUCAGAAAACUGAAACGUCUCUGGGAAAAUGAUCCCGACUUCAGUGACAACGGUUUAGAAAAUUCCCCCAUGGAUACCUCAGACACGGUUGUUGGUAAUGAUUCACCAUACAAUACUGAAAUACAGAAGGACACCUUUAUAUAAAAUGUGAUGUUCCUUUUAUAGGAGGCCUAGUAAAAAGAAAAAAAAUUAUAAUAAUAAUCUGCUAAAUUAUUUUCUGAACUAAAGAAAUUACAAUUGUUACUCUUAUAAUUAUAAUACAAUGACUGCUGUGACAUUUCUCUUUAAGCUCUAAAUGUCACUGGGAAUUCUAUAUAAAUAUCCUAAAUGAUCUGCUCACCUUGCUGGCAGGAUGAAUAAACCCCAACCACCCAGACCCUUCCCCUGAUCAUCAGGACAAAGCCACAAUCUGACCUCCCCAUCAUUGUUAGAAAUUAGCCUUUUGCCUGUGGAAAAUAGGUAUUGGGGGGGUGCUGCAAACUCCAUCGCCGCUGUAACCAGUCUGUUGAUGAUAAAGUCUUCAGGCAGCCAUUUAGGUCACUUACAGUAUACUGUAUAAGCUGCCAGGCAGACGUAAAUGUGAGUCAAAGACAUAGGUGGAAAUCAGUGGCAUAAGUUCAUACUAGGAGCCUGGAAACAAUAUAGUUGUUGGUGCUAAUCCCCACCCCUUUGCAUUCACUACCAAUACCACAGUCCCAGCAGCACUCACAUGUACUCCCCCCUAACCCAAAUUCACUCCCAACUCUUCAGCAGCACCCAUUUGCACACUCUCCUACCCCUGCAUUCACUGCCAACACCAUAGCAAUACCCAGACACACCCUCCUCCUAUUAACUAGUAAAACCCCAGCACACAAACACCUACCUGUUGCUGAUCGAGGUCUUCUGUUCUUGCUGUUUGCUGCUCCCACAGCAACAGCAGAGUCAGCAGGUCCAGAGGCAGCAGGUCAGGGGGAUGAACCAACAAAGGAGGGAGGGGCCAUGCCGUCCUUUUAUGUACAUGGGUGCUGUUUCCUUGCUGGAGUUCUGUCUCUAGCCUGGGACUUGGGUGGGGACUGUGGGAGAGGAAGGACCUCAGCAUAUGCUCCCUGCAUAUUGCUGCUCUGUGGCGCAUGAAGCAGAAACUGGAGCAAUGGCGGAGAUCAAGCUGUCCUCUCCAGGGCUGGCGCUCGGAAGUGAACAGCCUCCAUUGUCUCCUGUAUUUACGUCCCAGUGGUGCAAAUUUAAGUUGCUGUCACCACUGGUGCCUAUUGAGCCUUUCCACACAAUCAGGUCUGAAGAUGUCACCGGGGGAUUGUCCUUCUGUUAAGGGAGCACGGAUGUGGGUGGAAGACCAGGAUUGAGUCUCCCUCGGUUUAUAGCACCACAUGAUCAAUAAUGAGCCCUGGACAGUGAUGGUGCCACAGAUCAUAAUCCGCAUCUGUGUCACACCUGAUCACUCUCUGGUACACUUAACUGGCAUGGUCAGAUUUCAUGCAACUGCGCCGUCGCUCCCUAUCCCCCCGUUUUUGACGAGGAGAUCCGUUCUGCAGAUGUGCAUAAUAUAAUGUUUAAAUAUUUUUAAAAAAUACUUUUUCAACUUUAUUAAAUAAAAUAAAUUUAAAAAAACAAUGUUAACACUUUUGAAGGGAAAAAUCGUCAGUUAAGUGGUUAAUGUACAAUAGCCGCCCAUUGUCAGUUAUUACUACAUGCAAGUUGUGCUCUCCGAGAAACUGCAAGAAACCGGACAUCUGCGCUGUUCAUUGCUACUUUUUAACAUAAUUUUUUUAUUGAAGCAAUACAUGUUAUACAUACAUAAAUGUUCAAUAUGUCUCAAAUCUUAGAUAGUAGGGUAUUGUAAGGAAACAGAACAAGAAAAAUACAAUUGAGUCCUUAAUCAAGGGAUAUAUCUGUUAUAAGCAGUCAAUAGCAUCACAAUUGUAAGUAUCAUGAUCUCUAAAGAUCGUCUGAUUUACGGAUCUGAAAUUCAACUCAGCCGACUGACCCAUAUAUAUAUAUUUUCGAGCAAAAGAAAAGAAAGAAAUUAAAAUAAUUAAAAAAAUAAAUAAAAAAUAUACACAUACGUGUAUGUACACACAUGUGUAACACCCGUGCCGUACCGCAUUCCCCCCCAACCCCUCCACAGUGCCCCGUAUGUCAAUUAACGUUUAAAGCACAAUUGGCGGAUCUCCCGCAGCCAUUCUAGUUAGAAACCAUUCUGUGUUGGACAAUGAGUCAUGGAGCUGUUUCCUAACCGUCGUUGUCAAGGUCAUUAUAUAACUCUCCCAAACCUCAAAGAAAUUGUGUAUCUUGGUGUCUUUUUCCAGCAGGACACUCAUCCAUUCCAUCCUAAAGAGGUAGAAUAAUUUGGCUUUAAAUAAUGAUAGAGUUGGUGGAUCCUUCGCUAUCCACACCUGCAGGAUGGCUUUUCUAGCCGCCAAACUAACUGCCAGCAACAGUUUUUUACUGCCCAAAGAGAGGCGCUGAUUUGGUGGUAUAAUACCAAAGAGCGCCCACUCCGGAGACAAACUCCAAUAAUUUACCAGAUUGGCCGUCAAGUAGUUUCGUAUCUGAAUCCAAAACUGUCUGAUUAAGGGACAUGUCCACAGACAGUGAAGCAUAUCCGCCUGAGGAGUGCCACAUUUCCAACAUGCAUGUGUGUCAGCAAGUCCUAUCAAGUGUCGUCUAUGGGGCGACUGUUCAUUGCUACUUAAAGAAAAGCCCCUCGCUACAAACUUGCUGACAUGCUAUCUUCUGUAAGAUCAGGAUAUCGGAACACGGGAAUCACAUAAAGGACAGCUUGCCAUUUAUUGUAGAACUGUGGUAUAUUAACUGUUAGUAGGUGAUUAAUCAUAAUUUACAAGUACAUAUAGGAAAAUGCACCCCCUACUACACUUAGGUGAUGCCUUAGCCUAUGUAAUGUAUGAAAGUUACUUAUAAGAUGAGGAACUAACUUUUACGCAUGUACAAGAAACAGUACCGUGCACAAACAGAUGUGCGUGGAAAAGUUAUUAGAAAGGAAAGCCUGACUGUUACUUAAUAAUAAUAUUUGAAUGUAUAAGAACAAGGAUUCAAUUAACAAUAAAAUGAUGUAAUUGUAUUGCUUUGUGCUUGAUAAAACUGAAGCUGUAUUCUGACUUGAUCUGCUGUGCGUCUCUUGAAUAAAAUUUUAAAGAUAAAUAAAGGGUUAAAUGGA